AUUUCCACUUUCCAUCCAGUCGAAUGCAACCUUGCCCGGUCAAAAGCAAACUAAAUCCGCUGGCACUGUUUUUGUUGGUUGAAGUGUGAAUAUCUGGAGCAGCAAAGGAAAUUGUUUGGUUCUAAUUUCUGACUUUUUUUUUUCCUGCUUUUUCUCUUCUUGAGCUUGAAGUUUAGCCGUCUGGUGCACUGUUGCUCUCGACUCUCUUUUCGUCUGAGAUGCUUGUAUUUCCUUCUACCAACUCAAGCUCUGUUUCAAACCUUCCUUUUCCCAGUUUUUCUUUUACAUCAGUACUUCUAUUUUAUUCUCUUGGUAUCGGUUUUAGGGUGCCAAGGGUGGUUUCUACCAGAGGGUCCUUUGAAAAUGGGUUCUUUUUAGUUUUGUUUAUUUAUUUAUAUUUAUUUAUUUGUUUUUUCUUUCCAACUGGGCGUUCAAUGUGCGAUCCCUUAUCUGGGGUUUAAUGGAGGUUUCUUCUGUGUUGUUGUGAUAGAGAAGAUGGGUUUUCUUCUUUCUCUUGGGUGAAGGUUCUGAAUUUUUUUCCUCUUCUUUCUGGGUUCGUGAAAAUGAAGGAUUUUCCAGGAACACCUGGGACUUUGACUGCGCUCAUUCUUCGGAUUUUACAGUGUUUAUUCGCGGGUGGUUCAAUAAUUACAAUGGCAACUGCACCAACCUUCUUCAAUUCCACAGCUUUCUGCUACCUGAUUGCUUCAAUGGGUUUGCAAGUCAUCUGGAGCUUUGGACUUGCAUCAUUGGAUGCAUACGCCUUGGCAAGAAAGAAGAUCCUUCACAAUACUACUUUGGUCAGCCUCUUUGUUGUUGGAGACUGGGUCACAGCUACAUUGUCUCUAGCAGCAGCAUCCUCUGCAGCAGGGGUAACUGUUUUAUACACCAGAGAUUUGAGAGGCUACAGUGUGCCAGACUGCCCAAAAUUCCAGAUGUCAGUCUGCCUGGCCUUUGUGAGCUGGAUGAUGAUUGAGAUAUCUUCUCUUAUCAUGUUUUGGCUUCUGGCAGCAGGAGGAUACAAAAUUCAACAGCUAAAUGAAUGGAAGCCUCUCUAGCUCAGAGCUGGGCUAUGGUAGGAACGGUAAAGGAUUCAAGUCUAAGAAGCGAAGGUUGGAUGCCUGGAAAAAAAUGAUUUCUAUGGAGAAUGUUGAAAGACGAAACUGUGUAUAAAAAAAAAGAAAAAGAAAAAGAAAAUUGAAAGUAUUCUAUCUGACGAAAUUUGAAGAAUUGUCUUUGGAGGUUCCAAUGUCACUGCUAUUUUUUUUACACAGCUUUUGGUUUUAGGACAAUAAUUUUACAUAAAAA